AUGUUACUGACCCUUCGCAUUCCAGUCGCAAGACCUGGAGGCCAGACAUCACUCUCCCUCCGCACUUCAUUGUCAGCGAAGCGCAGACUUCACCUCGCUCCACCAUGGCUUCUCGACGACUACACUCCCCGCUAUCAGCUACUAUCUGCACGCGAUGCGGCUAAGAAGCGUUCGGAAGCAUACGCACAUCUUCGCAACUGCAACCUUUGCCCGCGACUAUGCGGAAUCGAUCGGUACGAGAAGACAGGCCAUUGCUUGAUUGGCGCCGAGACAGUGAAGGUUAACACAAUUGCACCCCAUUUUGGUGAAGAACCCUGCUUCCAAGGCCACAAUGGUUCAGGCAGUGUGUUCUUCAGCGGAUGUAACAUGCGCUGUGUAUUCUGCCAGAAUUACGACAUCGCCCACCAACGGAACGGCUUCGAUCUCACGCCCGAGCAGCUCGCUGAGUGGUAUAUCAAGUUGCAGGAUGUCGGCAAGGUGCACAACAUCAACCUGGUUACUCCCGAACAUGUGGUCCCGCAGGUCGUGCUCUCGAUAUUACACGCCCGCGACUUGGGUCUUCGGCUGCCUAUAAUCUACAACACUUCGGCGUUCGACUCGCUCGAGAGCAUCAAGUUGCUUGAUGGCCUCAUCGACAUCUACUUGCCCGACUUCAAGGUGUGGAAGGAUAGCACAAGCAAGCGGCUGCUGAAGGCAGACAACUACACGGCAACGGCUAUGGAGAGCAUCAAGGCGAUGCAUGCACAAGUUGGCGACCUCUGUUUCACGUCAGACGGGAUCGCUAAGAAGGGAGUGUUGGUGAGACAUCUUGUUAUGCCUGGACACGAAGACGAGGGCAAGGAGAUUGUCCGCUGGCUUGCAGAGAAUGUGUCUAAGGACUUGGUGGUGCAUAUCAUGGAACAAUACUUUCCCCGCGCCUAUGUAGGCAGGCCUCAACGAAGUAGCUCGGGAGAGGCCGUCGACCCUGAAGCCCCGCGGCGGUACGAGGAGAUAAAUCGCCCUGUCGAUCUCAAAGAAGUAGCAAGCGUACGAGCCGCGGCGGAGGAAGCCGGAUUGCAGAGGUUUGUUGAGGCAGCGCGCCACGGAGGAUUCAACAUUUGA